UGCUUUUGUCUUCUCAGGACGCAGGAGGAGGGAGGGAGCUCGAGAGCUCGAGAGAGAGAGAGAGAGGUGUUCAGCGAUGGAAGGAGCGCAGUACAAUCCGCGCACUGUGGAGGAAGUCUUCAAGGACUUCAAGGGUCGCCGGGCCGCCUUGAUCAAGGCCCUCACCACCGAUGUCGAAGAAUUUUAUCAGCAAUGUGAUCCAGGAAAAGAGAACCUCUGCUUGUACGGCUUUCCAAGUGAACAAUGGGAAGUGAACUUACCUGCUGAAGAAGUGCCCCCAGAGCUCCCAGAGCCGGUUUUAGGUAUCAACUUUGCGAGGGAUGGGAUGCACGAGAAGGACUGGAUUUCUUUAGUGGCUGUCCACAGUGAUUCCUGGCUGCUUGCGGUUGCCUUCUAUUUCGGUGCUAGAUUUGGAUUUGAUAAGGCUGAUAGGAAGCGGCUCUCCAAUAUGAUACAUGACCUUCCAACAAUCUUUGAAGUGGUGACCGGUACUGCAAAGAAGCAAGAGAAGGCAAAGUCGUUGGUAGCCAAUCACGGCGGUAGCAAAUCCAAGUCUACUUCCAAAGGGCGAGCACCUGAAUCUCGGGGAAAAUACACGAGAGAAUUACAGGAGAAGGAAGAAGAUGAGGAGUUGGACGUGGAAGACGAAGAGGAGAAUGGGGAAACUCUAUGCGGCGCCUGUGGGGAGAACACUGCCGCGGACGAUUUCUGGAUAUGCUGCGACCUGUGCCAGAGGUGGUUCCAUGGCACGUGUGUGAAGAUAACUCCAGCUAGGGCCGAGCAUAUAAAACAAUACAAGUGCCCAUCAUGCAAUAACAAGAGAGUUCGGACGACUUGAAAUUAGUCCACUGUCCAGGCAAUGCAGCGUGCUUCCCUUGCUCUGCAAUCUCUCCCCGAGGCGCAGAGCUCACUGUUGGUUUCUCGUUUGUCUUUUACUAGCACCCCAUAUAACCUUUAGGACAUUGAAAUUAGAUGUUGGGAGCUAUUUAUUUAGUUGACAUUGCGACAUUUCAUUUCGACUUUUUUGGUUACCCAUGUAGAUGCUGUGAGGGCAAGAUGUUUGCACUCCUUUUCCCAUUUGCUUGCUGUUAGUAGUUCAUUGCUCAGCUGACGUCAGGAUCGUCCGUCAAUUACUUCGAAUUAGUUUUUCCUUACAGUAAGCAGCCAUUGUCCUGGUGAA